AUGAGCACUCAUCUCAUUCCAUCGGCCGCCGUGUCUGCCUUUAGAGACUUUUCCGGGCUUCCUGUACCUCCCUCGGCGAGUAACAGUAGAACAGAGGAAGCCGCUCCAGCAGGCCAGCGAAUCAUACGGAAAAGCUCCCGCAAGAUAGCCCAAAAGGCAGCUAGUGGUGAGAUAGGCGCUCGAUUGGACUGUCUGUCAAUGGAUGAAGUUGAGCGUGUCCUUCGAAAGACUCAACUGCCUGACACAGAGGUGUCUUUGCUGAGUCUGCUACAGAAGCAAGAGACGAAUCAAGCCGACGUUGUCAAGCAGAUCCUGAAUCACAUGUCCGAUCACGCAGAAGAGCACGCACUGCAAAUGGCAUUGGUGUGGCGGUACGCAAAAGAGCACGAAGUGUGGAAGAGUUGUACAAAUCCAGAUUGGCGAACUGAAGACUCGUUCUUAAACAGUCUCGACGGAAACCAGACGGCACGACUAUGUAUCCAGUUUGGAACGUCGACCGACGUUGCUCGCCGGGGAAAGAUCAACAUCAUCCGGCGAAAAUGGGGAGAGGAUUGGUACAAUCAAGCACGUCAGAGAGACAUCUUCCCGCCUGCGGAGCGCGGAGCAGCGAGUCUCUCCAAAAACAUGCUUAGACUCCUCGCCAAUGCGAGCAGCUCUGUGAGUCUGAGCCAGGCAUUGGAAUUUCUCGAGCACGCCAUUCAAGAUCGGACAGCGGUCGGAUCACGGGAACUGUUGGGCUGGAAAGCUGCAAUGACGACCCAUCUUAUGCUGGGUGACGUGCAGUUGCUCAUAGCGCAUGCUGAGGGAGGACGGCCAACGUCUGCCGCAAAAACGUCACAAAAGACACAAUCUACAGGGUCAGACGAGGAAACCUUGGAGCUAAUUAGCUCGAAGGGAAUAUCAAGUCUUUCUGCUUUUGGAAACCCAAUGUUGAAAGAUAAGGCACCUCAUACAAUUAAAAACGCGAAAACGAAGACGCAGUCGCGUAGUCGGAGGAGAAAAGCGAGGCCACAGACGACAGAUGAUGUCGAGGAGCUGCAGAUCAUUCUGCAAGAGGAAGCAGCAAGAAGAGCUGGUAAAGGGAAGUCACAGAGCGUUGCAAACAACGACGGCGACACGCAAGUGACUAGCCAGGAAGGUCGAAGCAGCGACACAGUCACGGCAGCUACGACGUCACAUGCAAGCAAGCGGAAAACCAUCGAGCCCUUGCGAUUGGUUGAUGAGACGUCUCGUGAGAAAAUAGCUCGGAUACGAAUGGACCAGGGGCGGUCGAUAGUGGACGCCCCCAAUGCGCCUCUUGCAGGUGACCAUCACAGCGAAAUCACAGACGUACCUCAGCAGGAGCUUCCACCGGGUGGCCGGCAGGAGCAUUCAACAACUGACGACACCACUAAAAACACAUAUGAGAGCGACUCGCACGUCGACAAUCUCCAGCCAGGGAAGAUGGACUCCAAUACGACAAGAGACUCUACAUUGCAGGGAGAUGCCAGACGUCAGAGCUCUACCAAUUCUCCUACAGCUGAGUUCGUCGAGUCUGUCGCUGAUGGGAGUGCCUUCGCACGUUUGGAACAAGCUACUAGUCCUAGCGAGAAGGAACGGGACCAACCUCUAGGCUUUAACAACCAUUGCGCAUCAUGUGCUGGAAAAUGUUCAGUCUGCGAGAUACCAUCGGGUUUAAAUGAAUCCGAGCGUCUAGACCUAUAUCUAGCUGCCCACCGGGCCUUGGAGCUGGAGGGGAAAGCUCCUAACGCCACGGUGCGCAACUGGAUCAAGCCUAUCCGAUACGCAAGUUUGAGGGCAGGUUUACUUCAGGGCCCUGGAGAAGUAUGUGUUUUGUCGGCGAACAGCUUCUCAUCUGAGGUGACGAAGGGACGUUCUCUAAUGCGACCCAUCAUCCUCCGAGAAAUUUUCGAUGAUGCCGAUGAAUGGUCCGCGGCGAGGUACGCGGAUCAGCUGGAUACGGCUUUUGCCGACCUGGAAGUCGACGUCCGCUGGCAUCAAGACCCAGAACCAGUAAGGGAAAAGGUCUCUGAAAUGAGCCGUCUGUGCCGGUUGUCUUCGCCCACCUUGUUAAUAAAUCCACCAAACAUGCUAAAUCUACCAGACCUUACUGGAGCCAUCGCGCCAGCCUUUCUUCGACAAGAUCGGUUCCGAAUAUUAGAUCUCUUAAUCGAGCGCUGCAAGGCAGAUGCGAUAAACCACUUGGGGAAACAGCUUCAUCUGUCACCCUUUGACGUGGGAGGCAGUCGAAGGUUCAAUAUUCUUGGAUGGCCAGGUGCAUUCUCUGGCGCUCACGUCGACAGCAAUGGAGCGACAUGGGUCCGCAAUCUCUUUGGACAGAAGCUUUGGAUGUUCGUGCCCGAGGAACUGAUGACCCCCGCCGAUUGGGAAGAACUUGCAAAGGACGGUGAUGACUGGGAUCCCGGCAAAAAAGCCCGAGCCGUUUUGUUACAGCCGGGAGAUGUGUUUGUGAUGAGACCUGGUCUUGUCCAUGCUGUAUACACUCUUGGCGAUUCUGGGCCCAGCCUAAUGGUAGGUGGAUUCUUCUUGGACAACCAGGACCUCAUUCACACGCUCCAAACGUUCUACAAAAUUGGGAAGAAUCAACGCAGUACGAAUGAGCCUAUUUCCUAUCAGUUCGCACACAUUAUCUGGAGCCUAGAGUGCAUUAUUCGAAGGAACUCUGCGCCAUACUUCUCGACUCCAGAGGAUCUAGAUGUCUUUACAGACUUAAUAAGAAAACUGCGUGCACUCGGCUGCGAUUGCUCAGAGUGUGACGAAGAAUGCGUGUGUGCGCGUGACGGUCGUCGUUGUACGCCGCUCUGCUUGGUGCACACCUUCGGCGAUGUUUUGUGGUUGUGGGAGGACAUCAUAGACGCGAGGUUCGAUGGUGCUUCAGUCGUUCUGGAAUUUCUGGACGGAAACGAGUGUCACCAACCUCCAGCAGAUAAUUACGACACCAAUUGA